AUGGCGGCUCGGCCGCGGAGGCACCGUUCCCGCUAUGCGCAGCUACCGCGGGGUGACUUUUGUGAUGGCGCUAAGAAGACGGUUGACGAACCUUCUUUUACGACUUCCAUGGAGUGGGACACACAGGUGGUGAAGGGGUCUUCGCCGCUCGGCCCCGCAGGGCUGGGGCCGGAGGAGCCGCCAUCUGGCCCGCGGCUGCCGUCGUGGCUGCAGCCCGAGAGGUGCGCCAUGUUCCAGUGCGCGCAGUGCCACGCCGUGCUCGCUGACACUGUGCACCUCGCCUGGGACCUGUCGCAGUCCCUCGGGGCCGUGGUCUUCUCCAGAGUCACAAAUAACGUAGUUUUGGAAGCUCCCUUCCUAGUUGGCAUUGAAGGUUCUCUCAAAGGCAGCACUUACAACCUUUUAUUCUGUGGUUCGUGUGAGAUUCCCAUUGGUUUCCAUCUGUAUUCUACCCAUGCUGCCCUGGCUGCCUUGAGAGGUCACUUCUGCCUUUCCAGUGACAAAAUGGUGUGCUACCUCUUAAAAACAAAAGCCAUAGUAAAUGCAUCUGAGAUGGAUAUUCACAACGUACCUCUACCAGAAAAGGUUGCAGAGCUGAAAGAGAAGAUAAUGUUAAUGCACACUCGCUUAAAUUCACUGAUGGAGAUUCUGAAGGAAGUGACUCCUGACCAGUCCAAGCUAGCAAACUGAUCCAGAGUCAAAGCUUGAAUAUCCAUGUCAGGCCUUAUGGCUGUCUUCAACAACAGGUGCUGUUUGUUCACUUCUCAAGAAAGAUCAACUUAAGGAAUGGAUGGGAAAUAUAUUUUAUUAUGUUCACCUCUAAGCUGAUUUUCCAUGACUUGUGAAGCUAUUUCUAGAGGAUGAGAAACUAAGGAGACUUCUGUCUAGGUUUCAUAGCUAUUUGUCUUAAGAACUUAUUUUAGCUUAUCAGCUUCAUAAUACUUACUUCUGAAAACAUCUUUGACUACAAAUUUAGUUAAGAGGCAAUGUCCCAUGAAUGCUCUGAUCUAAAGAUGCAUAGUUGGCCUGGAAAUAGAGUUGUAUUUAUGUUGACUACUCUUCCUACACAGAGCAAUUGUUAAAUAAAUACUGAGAAAAUCAUUUUUUUCUUAUGUAAAAUACAGGUACAUACAUAUUCUGUUGGUAAUGUUAACUGGAUAAUAUAUACUUGUCUUUCUCGUUUCAGUUAUAAACUGAGCUUAACAGGGUAAUAAUGAAAGGAAUGAUAAAAACAUCAUUCACUGAAAUGUUUUUUCUCAUAUUUUGCUUUAUAUAGCAUUGUGGCUCAAUAGCUUAUAUUAUUCAUUUAAUAAAUAUUUAUAAAGUAUUAUGCUAACCACUGGGAAUAAAAAAUAGCAAAACCAGCCACUCUCUAUCCUGCAUUUAUAAUCUAGUCAGAGAUGGAUAUUCAGAUAACCACAUGAAGAUAUAUGUAAAAUCACAACUGUAGGAAGGGCUUUGAAGAAAAGGGACAUACAGAUAAAAACACACAUAGCAGGUAACUGACCUGGUCUGG